CACCUCGUCGUCGUCCUCGCCGUCAUCAUCUUGUGCCUGUGGGCGUCCCUAUCGCUCCCUCCUGUGUGGCUCUCUUCUCCUUUCCUCUCUCCUUUGCCUCUGCUCUGUCUCUCCUCAUCCGCCAUCGUUUCCCAUCCUUCUUUCUCCCUCCUCAUGUCUCCCAGUCUGACUUCCUCCACGGAUAGUGGCAGCACAAUCCUUUCGUCGAGGUCAUCUGCCGCCUCGUCGGCUUCCACAAACGGAUGCUGGGCGACUUUGAUGACUGGAGACAUCUACAUGCCAGGUCUGGCCGUCUUUGCGCAUUCGCUGCUGCGAGGACCCCACGCAUCCGCUUAUCCUUUGGUCGUCAUGACUGUCCGCGGCUCCUGCUCAGCCCAAGCCAUUGAGACGGUCCGACAGCUGGGCUGCAAAGUGGUCGAGGUACAGCGCAUGGGCAUCCCCGGCGAGGCCAAACAACUCGCCCAGCAUCGCUUCGCCGAGGUGUGGACGAAGCUGCGAGCCUGGGACCUCGAGGAAUAUGAUCGAGUGGUCUUGGUCGACUCAGAUAUGCUGGUGAGGGCCAACAUGGAUGAGCUCUUCCACGUGGAGUUGCCCAAGAACGGCCCUCAAGGCAAGGAAGGCAUCGCAGCCACCUUUGCUUGUACCUGCAAUCCAGACAAGAUCAAGACUUACCCUGCUACCUGGAUCCCGCAAAAUUGUGCUUUCACGCCUCAGUCGCACCCUUCUUGCCUGACAGCCCCUACGCCCCUCACGGCCGACUCGCCACCGACGUACCACUUGCUCAACUCUGGCCUCGUCGUCCUCUCUCCGUCUUCCUCCGUCCUCAUAGACAUGGCUCACGAGAUUGCCUCCUCUCCAAUCGUACAGACGUAUCGUUUUCCUGAUCAAGACUUUUUGGCUCGAUUCUAUCACGGCUCCUUCCGACCUCUUCCAUACAUCUACAAUGCAUUAAAGAAGCUGCGCCAAGCUCACCCCGACAUGUGGCGGGACGAGGCGGCCAAGAACGUCCAUUACAUUCUUAAGAAGCCCUGGGACACGAGAGACAUUGGCGGGGUCGAUGAGGAGACGCACUCCUGGUGGUGGCAGGCUUGGGAGGCCGCUCAAGCCGACCGAGCAGGAGGGGUUACCGAGGAGAAUUGGGUCAACUGUGUACAGAAGUACGUCACCGCCUUACAGGUGUAGGCCCGCUGGGCAAAUCCUCCCCUCGGCCAGGGGUGCUCCGGUCCUUCCUCUUGCUUUGGUGCUCCGUCUCGCCGACCGUCUCUGACAAUUUCGCAAGCGUCUCACAUGUACUGUACAAUAGUUCUAUGCAUCGCGUCU